UCUUUUAGUUCCAAGUUACUUCGCCUAUAUAUAAACUCUUCACUUCAUUUUUAAUCUCAAUAAACAUAAAACACGAGAAAUUACUGCAUUUCUUCCAAGAGUUCUGAAUACCAACCAUGGUUUCUGAGAGAAAUUUGUCCAAGAAUGUGUGCGUGAUCGGUGCCGGACCGUCGGGAUUGGUGGCUGCAAGGGAGCUAAGGAAGGAAGGGCACAAUGUGGUGGUUUUAGAACAAAACCAUGAUGUAGGAGGGCAAUGGCUAUAUGAACCUAAAGUUGAACAUGAAGAUCCUUUAGGAAGGACUAAUGUCCAAAAUGUACAUAGCAGUAUUUAUGCAUCAUUAAGGCUCAUUUCUCCAAGAGAGAUCAUGGGAUUUACUGAUUUUCCAUUUGUGGUAAAGACAGGGAGGGAUUCAAGGAGAUUUCCUGGCCAUAGGGAACUUCUCUUGUAUUUAAAAGAUUUUUGUGAAUACUUUGGAUUAAGGGAGAUGAUAAGGUUCAAUACUAAGGUUGAGCAUGUGGGGAUGAUGAAUUAUCCUGAGUUUGGUAAGGAUUUGAGAUGGAUUGUGAAGAGCAAAGAGAAGGAGUCUGAGAUGGGGGUGGAGGAAGUCUUUGAUGCUGUGGUUGUUGCAACUGGUCAUUACUCUCAACCAAGGUUGCCAAAUAUUAAAGGAAUGGAUGCAUGGAGAAGAAAGCAGAUGCAUAGCCACAUUUACAGGGUUCCAAACCCCUUUCAGGAUGAGGUGGUUGUGGUGGUUGGAAACUCACUAAGUGGCCAAGAUAUAGGAAUGGAGCUUGUAGAUGUGGCAAAGGAGAUCUAUCUCAGCGCCAAAUCUGUUGACGUUUCUGAAGGAUUGUCUAAAGUUAUAUCCAAGCACAAUAAUUUACAUCUUCGUCCUCAGAUAGAUUCAUUACAUGAAGACGGGAGGGUUUUGUUCGAAGAUGGCACUUCAGUCGUUGCAGACACUAUCAUAUACUGUACAGGGUACUCCUACUCCUUUCCAUUUCUUGACACCAAAGGAACUGUAGUAGUUGAUGAUGACAGAGUGGGGCCCCUUUACGAGCAUACCUUCCCCCCUUCUCUUGCACCCUCUCUAUCCUUCAUUGGCAUACCCCGAAAGCUUAUAGGGUUUCCUUUCUUUGAGUCACAAGCAAAAUGGAUUGCUCAGCUGCUGUCUGGGAAAAGAACACUGCCAUCAUGGGAUGAAAUGAUGCAGUCCAUCAAGGAGUUUUAUCGUUCAAGAGAAGUUGCUGGCAUUCCAAAGCAUAAUACCCAUGAUAUUGCUAACUUUGAGUAUUGUGACAAAUAUGCAGACUACAUAGGAUUCCCACACUUAGAAGAAUGGAGGAAAGAACUCUGCCUAUCAGCACUAAGAAAUGCAGAUAUAAACUUGGAUACAUAUCGGGAUUCAUACGAUGACAGUGAGAUGCUGCAAGAAGCUUAUCAAAGCUCACACUUCACUCACCUUGGUCCCGAGGCUUUUUGAAUCUGAAAGCAUCAAUAGAUACAGAUGUUUAAGAUGGAGUGCGGCCAAUUAUAAUUCAUUUAUUUUCUGGAGUAGAUUUGGUCACCUAUUUAGUAUACUUCGUAUUUACUAGCUUCUACCAGAGUGGAAAGAAUUUUUUAUUUAUUUAUUACACUCGUCUUCAUCCUUACCUAUGAAAAAAAGGGCAGAAAAGAUAUCUGGUAGAAUGCUCGACUGUGUAAGAAAAGAUGAGGAUAUUCAUGAAGAAAUUUUUGUUUUCUUUCUAUUAAAGAAUUUUAGCUUCAAGGCUAUUCUCUAGAAACUAUUGUAGGAUAUGUGAAGUGAAAUCCAUUUAUAAGACUCGCAUUCAUGUUC